GACAUGCGCAGAUAGGUGUUACUUGUUUGAAGGAAUUUGGAAAGUUGAAGGCAGAGUUUACGCUUAACUUGGACAUUAAAGGAAACCUCUGAUUAACUCUACAGCAUUAGAGAAAAAGAAGACUCCGAAACAGAAUGAGCAAACAACCACAGAGUCUAGAGCUUGGUGCCAAAAUCAAACCAGCCGAUUUCAACAGUAGCAAGAUGGCCGACAUGUCGGUGGAAGAAAUGACAAUGAGAGCAAACCAAGUGACUGAUGAGUCUCUUGAGAGCACUAGACGGAUGCUACAAAUGGCAGAGGAGAGCAGGGAGACAGGAGUAAAUACCAUGGUCAUGUUGGAUCAGCAGGGAGAACAACUGCAGCGUGUGGAGCAGGGCAUGGACCAGAUCAAUCAGGACAUGAGACAGGCUGAGAAGAACCUGACUGACCUGUCAAAGUGCUGUGGACUGUGUGUCUGUCCCUGUGAUAGAGUGAGGUCUAUUGAGAAUGACGGACGGUACAAACGCACUUGGGGCACUGGAAGUGCAAACUCCGGGACAGAGGUAGCUGAAGGUGUGGUUUCCAGCCAACCAACCAGCCAACACAAUGGCCAGGCAACAGCUUCUGGUCCCUAUGUAAAGAGAAUAACAAAUGAUGCACGUGAAGAUGAGAUGGAGGAGAACCUGGAACAGGUGGGCAGUAUCAUCGGGAAUUUGAAAACCAUGGCUCUGGACAUGGGCAAUGAGAUCGACAAACAGAACAAGACCAUCGAUCGCAUUAAUGAUAAGGCUGACAUGAAUAAAGCUCGUAUUGAUGAAGCCAACCAGAGAGCUAACAAGCUCCUGUAGAGAAGUGAUUUCAACAGAUGUGAACAAGCAUUUUCUCUCUCUCUCUCUCUCUCUCUCUCACACACACACAUACACACACAUUAUAUAUAUAUGCGUGCAUAUGAGCACCUGUUCAUUUGAAGGGUGAAGAAUUUCAGUUUUCUAAACUUUCCUGUGCCUUUGUGUCAUUGUUUAGAGGCUAUUUUGUAAAUAGAAAUGUACACACACUGCCUCAAUCAGGUCAUCACUAGAUGCUGGGCACGCUGCACAUAGUUAUGCAAUAUGUUCUGGUGAUGGCUGUCCUGACUUUCUGUAAUAUUCUCUGAGGGUUGCUGUUUUAUAAUGCCCUCUCCUUGCCUGGGUCAGCAUGGCUGAUUUAUUUUUGCCCAUAAAGGGACCAGAGACCUGUGUUUUUUUAAUGUUCCCACACGUCUGGGUGUGUUUUUCUCCUUGUAGGCUGUAAUCUGAAUUCAUAUUAACCCCCUCUCUUAUUAAGAUUAUGAUAUAAUUGUUUACUUGUAUCCACCUGUCUGUGCUUGAUUGUAUCCAUAUUUAAUUAUAAAAUGGCAAUGAACUUGUGAAUGAAUUAAAUGUUGAAUGCAGUUCUG